GGUCCCCGGCACGCUCAGUCCACCUUUCGUGUCGUUGGCUCGUCUGAAAAGUGGCUGGCCCACAUAUCAUUCCCUUUCAGUAUAAUUCCUUCUCGGACACCGCGCGUUUCCCGUUCGUCGUGUACACACACGGUAUAUACCAGUCGUAGCGGUUCCACAAACCACGUUCAAUCACCAACGCGCAACCAAUAGUCGACCAACGGAGCUUCGCCAAGACACAACACACUUCGAGAGUACGGAUAACAGUUUAUCCUACACACGAUUGUUCCUGGCUGAAUUCGGACCUAAUCGUCGAUUACCACGGAAUGGCUGAGCAAACGCAACGGUCGCAAGGAGUCACGAAAUGAAUCCAGCAGAAAUUAAAUCCAUUCGUAGCCCGCUUGGAAAUACCUGGAACGGCGUGAACGUGUCGCAGUUUUCGUUGCGUCUUUCUAAUAGUCUGUCUCCCGAUCACUGAGGGAGUUCUCUUCCACUGUACACACACUGUAACGAGAGUCAAAGAAGAAGAAGAAGAAGCUUAAAGGAAAGAAUAGAAGAGGGAGAGAGUAGCAAAAGAAAAUAUACACGUAGCUAAAAAAAAAAAAAAAAGGAGAAGAAAAACAGGGGCAGAUCGUAUCGAGACCAAAGAAAAAGCCGAAGAGGAGAGUUUACCGAAUAAACCCGGAAGUGUGUGGGGGCUAUUCUCUGAUCUCGAAGAAAAAACGGAAAAGCUUCCGAAAAUAGAAAGAAAGAGAGGCUGUCUCUUGGUAGCGGCGCGCUAAAGCUUCCCGUAGGCCCCACCAGUUUGAAAGGGAAAAGAAGUAAAGUAAUUAAGGAUUCCUUUCGUUCCGACAAAAAAAAAAAAAAAUAAAAGAACGUCAAAAUGAGCACAAUGAGCGGCACCCAAUCCACGUCCGUGAAGGACUUCUACAGGGACAGGUCUAUCUUCAUCACCGGCGGGACUGGUUUCAUGGGCAAGGUGCUCGUCGAGAAGUUACUCAGAUCUUGUCCUGGUAUUAAGAACAUUUAUUUGCUGAUGAGACCCAAGAGGGGUCAGGACGUACAGCAGAGGUUGCGGGAAUUGUUGAAUGGACCGCUGUUCGAGAAGUUGCGACGCGACUCUCCGCACGAACUUUCGAAAAUCAUUCCCGUCGCUGGAGAUGUCACGGAACACGAAUUAGGAAUCUCGGAGGCCGAUCAAAAUACGCUCAUCCGAUGCGUGUCGGUCGUUUUCCAUUCCGCUGCCACGGUAAAAUUCGACGAGGCGCUAAAGCUCUCCGUUACCAUCAACAUGGUCGGCACUAAGCAGCUGUUGAAUUUGUGCCAUCGUAUGCACAACUUGGAGGCCCUCAUCCAUGUAUCGACAGCAUACUGUAACUGCGACCGUACAGACGUCGCGGAAGAGAUUUAUCCUGUCGCAGCCGAACCUGAACAUGUGAUAGCUUUAACGAAGGUCAUGGAUGCUAAAAUGGUCGAUGAUAUAACACCGACACUGAUCGGGAAUCGACCCAACACUUACACGUUCACUAAAGCCCUGACCGAGAGGCUGUUGCAGUCAGAGUCCGGUUAUUUGCCGGUCGCGAUCGUCAGACCCUCUAUCGUGUUGUCGUCGCACAGGGAGCCGGUAGCCGGAUGGGUGGACAAUUGGAACGGCCCGACGGGAAUUAUUGCCGCCGCUGGCAAAGGUUUCUUUAGGAGUAUGCUGUGCGCCGAGGACAAAAUAGCAGACCUGGUACCGGUCGACAUUGUGAUCAAUCUGAUGAUCUGCGCGGCAUGGAGGACCGCGACGAAUCGCACGAAGACGAUCCCCAUCUACAAUUGCUGUACAGGCCAACAGAACCCGAUCACUUGGAAGGAAUUCGUCGAUCUAACGUUCAAGUACACGCGGAUGCAUCCGCCGAACGGGGUGAUCUGGUAUCCGGGCGGCCGUUGCCGUAACUCCGGCAUAAUGAACAAAAUGUGCACCCUAUUCCAGCACAUGCUGCCGGCACACGUUCUAGAUUUCGUGCUGCGGCUGAAGGGCAAACCGGCGAUGAUGGUCGGCAUACAGGCGAAACUCUGCAAAGCGACGAAAUGCUUGGAGUACUUCAGCACACAACAAUGGAACUUCAGGGACGACAACGUACGAAGUUUAGGCGAACAGCUCAGCAUGGAGGAUAAACAGACAUUCCCGUUCGACGUCCGACAAAUCGACUGGCCGUCGUACUUGGAACACUAUAUACUUGGAAUACGGCAUUUCAUUCUAAAGGAAAGUCCGGACUCGCUGCCGGCUGCUCGUUCACAUAUUAAAAAGUUGUAUUGGAUGCAUAAAGCCGUUCAAUUCGGAAUACUGUUGUUAGUGCUGCGUUUUCUGUUGUUGCGCAGUUCUGUGACCCGAACUGCAUGUUUUUCACUGCUGUCUAUCGUGUUACGCAUGUGCCGCAUGAUUGUUUGACGGCUCAGAACCGUUGCCGAGGAUCGCGCGAAGCGUUAUAAGAAACAAAAGCUAAUCGUAAAGCAUAAUUUAAAGGUGCGGAUUGUCCUUCGACUUUCACUGUUCGGCGUUCCCGACGAUAAAUCGCUAUGUUCACACAUCCCAUGGGUUGGCCUUUUUGAUGUUUCUAUUUGUUCGUAAAUAAAUUAGCGUUCGGUAGAGGUGUAAUUCCGCAGGGUGUGUCGGUUGUUAAAAUAAACAGAUAAAAAAAAACAGAAAAACGUUUUCAGAAAGAAAGAAAAAUAGGAGAACAAAAAAAAAAAGAAGCACGCAGAGGAGAGUAAACGAGAAAGAUAAAAACAGAGAAGGAACGAAAUGCGUACACUCGACAAGCUUCCGAAACAUUAUUGUGUAAAUCCUUUGUUAUUUCGGAAUUUAUCAUUUGAACGAAGAAGAGACCUUUAUUUCUUUCGUGUGAUCACGUGCAUCGUCUUCUUGUUCCGAGGGAGAGCAUCGGUGAACAGAAAACAAUAAAAAGAAAAAAAACGGAAAGAAAGUUCAUUUUUACGACUGUUUAUUCUGGGGUAUAUUUCGAAUAUAUAUAUCAUUGCGACAUGUGUUUUUUGAUGCCGCCGAAUGGCGUUUCGUUCUCGAACAUCGAUUUUUCGCAUAUCGUCGAUUUGUAAUGACACGACGUUAGGGAUAUUCGAUUCAAGUCAGUCGCCGGAGGAGCAAAUAUUUGCCCCCCCCCCCGAGGACUUCCUUGAUGCUCGUCCCAACGUUAACAUCGCUGUUAUCGCUUUCAGAGGCGCACACCACCGCCCUCCUGGAAACAUUACGACGCGUGAACUCCGUGAGCCGGCAGCUCGAAUACUGUUCGAACAUAUUCGAUGUACCAUAAAACCUUGUGAAUUGCCGCCUCGGGCAUUUUAUUGAGUUUUUUUGUUUUUCUUUUUUUCUUUUUUCAAUCAUUUUCUACAAUAUUUUAGCUUGGCGAACGCAAAAGAAAAGCGAUAAUGUUUUACGCAUUAUUCGAAGAGAAUUAUUUGCCGUUCGUAUUUUUACGUUCGAAAUAAUCUCUAUUGCGUUUAGGGAUUUUUUUUGCUGUUUCUUUUUUUUUAAAAAAAAAAGAAUAACCGUUGUGCAAUUUAAGUAGCGUUAAAUGCUUUGAAUCAAUUUCCUUCAAUUUCUCUUAUAAUCGACAAGGUUUUACCGUAUUCCGUUGCCGAGGACAUACGUCCCCGCUGCUUUUG